AUGUCGGAGCGCAGCGCCCCGGGCUGCCGCCUCAGACUGGACUGGGUCUACGGGUACCGGGGCCACCAGUGCCGGAACAACCUGUUCUACACGGCCGGGAAGGAGCUGGUCUACUUCGUGGCCGGAGUGGGCGUGGUCUACAACAGCCGCGAGCACAGCCAGCGGUUCUACCUGGGCCACAGCGAUGACAUCAUCAGCCUGGCGCUGCACCCAGAGCGCCUCCUGGUGGCCACAGGCCAGGUUGGCAGGGAUCCGUAUGUGUGUGUGUGGGACUCGCUGACCACGCAGACCGUCAGCCUGCUGAGGGACGGACACACACAUGGCAUCGCCUGCCUGGGCUUCAGCGCCGACGGACAGCGGUUGGUGUCGGUCGGGUUGGACGCCAAGAACACGGUUUGUAUCUGGGAGUGGAGGAAGGGGAAGAUCCUGGCCUCCGCCAGCGGACACUCGGACCGGAUCUUUGAUGUUUGCUGGGAUCCGUUUCAGCAGAACCGCCUGGUGAGCUGCGGAGUCAAACACAUCAAGUUCUGGUCGCUCUGUGGGAACGCGCUGACGCCGAAGCGAGGGAUCUUCGGGAAGACGGGCGACCUGCAGACCAUCCUGUGUGUGGCGUCGGCUAAAGAUGACGUCACGUACUCCGGCGCGCUCAACGGAGACGUCUACGUGUGGAAAGGCCUGACGCUGCUGAGGACGGUCCAGGCGGCCCACGGGGCCGGGAUCUUCAGCUUGUUUUCCUGUGAGGAAGGAUUCGCCACCGGCGGCAGAGACGGCUGCAUCCGGCUCUGGGACGUCGACUUCAAACCCGUCACCAAGAUCGACCUGAAGGAGGCGGAGCAGGGAUACAAAGGUCUGUCCAUCCGGAGCGUCUGCUGGCGAGCCGACCGGAUUCUGGCAGGAACUCAGGACAGCGAGAUCUUUGAGGUGAUGGUGCGGGAGCGCGACAAGCCGCUGCUCAUCAUGCAGGGUCACAGCGAGGGCGAACUCUGGGCUCUGGACGUUCAUCCCAAGAAACCUCUGGCUGUAACCGGCAGCGACGACCGAUCCGUCAGGUUGUGGAGCCUGGUCGACCACGCCCUCAUCGCGCGCUGCAACAUGGAGGAGGCGGUCCGCAGCGUGGCGUUCAGCCUGGAUGGAUCCCAGCUGGCUUUGGGGAUGAAGGACGGAUCCUUCACUGUGCUGAGAGUCAGGGACAUGACGGAGGUCGUCCACAUCAAGGACAGGAAGGAGGUGAUCCAUGAGAUGAAGUUCUCUCCAGACGGAGCGUAUCUGGCUGUCGGCUCCAACGACGGCCUGGUGGACGUUUACGCCGUCGCCCAGAGAUACAAGAAGGUGGGAGAAUGCAGCAAAUCCACCAGUUUCAUCACACACCUGGACUGGACUGUGGACGGGAAGAUCCUGCAGAGCAACGAUGGAGCAGGAGAACGGCUCUUCUACCGGAUGCCCAUGGGGAAACCCAUCACCAACAGCGAGGAGGUGAAAGGUCAGCGCUGGGCCUCCUGGAGCUGCGUCCUGGGGUCAGAGGUCAGCGGCAUCUGGCCAAAAUACUCCGAGUCGACGGCCGUCAACGCGGUGGACGCCAACCUGUCGGCCGGCGUCCUGGUCGCCGGGGACGACCUGGGCCUGGUGAAGCUCUACCGCUUCCCCUGCCUGAGGAAAGGAGCCAAAUUCAAGAAGUACCCGGGCCACUCGGCCCACGUCACCAACGUCCGCUGGGCCGGCGACCUGCAGAGCGUCCUGACCACCGGCGGCGCCGACCACGCCCUCUUCCAGUGGAGGUUCCUGCCGGAGGACGGACCGGACGGAAACACAGCAGAGAGUCUCGGCGACUCCAACAGCGAGGAGUCGGACAGCGACGCCUCCGACGUCCCGGAGCUCGACUCGGACAUCGAACAGGAAACGCAGAUAAACUACGAGCGGCAGGUCUAUAAGGAGGACCUGCCUCAGCUGCAGCAGCAGAGCAGAGAGAAGAAGCAGCAGGUCGGAUCCCUGAAGCGGCAGAGCGGACCGGACCAGAGCCUGCGCCUGCAGUUUGUUCACGGUUACCGUGGUUACGACUGCAGGAACAACCUGUUCUACGCCCAGAGCGGCGAGGUGGUGUACCAUGUGGCCGCGGUGGGCGUGGUCCACAACCGGCAGCUGCACAGCCAGAGGUUCUACCUCGGCCACGACGACGACAUCCUGAGCCUCAGCAUCCACCCACUGAAGGACUACGCCGCCACGGGACAGGUGGGCAGAGACCCGGCCGUCCACGUCUGGGACGUCCAGAGCCUGAAGUGUCUGUCCCUGCUGAGGGGUCAGCACCAGAGGGGCGUCUGCGCUCUCGACUUCUCAGCUGAUGGGAAAACUCUGGUUUCUGUUGGAGUCGACGACGAACAUUCGAUCGUAGUUUGGGACUGGAAACGAGGAGAGAAACUGGCAACGGCUCGGGGACAGAAGGACAAAAUCUUUGUGGUGAAAUGUAACCCAGUGAUGAUGGACAGACUGGUGACUGUGGGAAUCAAACACAUCCGGUUCUGGCAGCACGCAGGGGGCGGCCUGACCUUCAGGCGCGGUGCGUUCAGGAGCGUCGGGCGUCCAGAGACCAUGAUGUCGGUGUGUUACGGCCGCAGCGAGGCGCUGGUUUUCUCCGGCGGCGCCAACGGAGACGUUUACAUCUGGAAGGAACCGAUUCUGCUGAAGACGGUGAAAGCUCACGACGGACCGGUGUUCACCAUGUUCUCUCUGGACAAGGGUUUUGUGACGGGAGGGAAAGACGGAGUGGUGGAGCUGUGGGACGACAUGUUCGACCGCUGCCUGAAGACGUACGCCAUCAAGAGGACGGCUCUGUCCCCGGGGUCAAAAGGUCUUCUACUGGAGGACAACCCGUCCAUCAGAGCCAUCACUCUGGGCCACGGACACAUCCUGGUCGGCACCAAGAACGGAGAAGUUCUGGAGAUCGACAAGACCGGACCCAUGACCCUGCUGGUGCAGGGUCACAUGGAGGGGGAGGUCUGGGGUCUGGCCGUCCAUCCGCUGCUUCCUGUCUGCGUUACCGUCGGCGACGACAAAACGCUGCGACUGUGGGAGACGUCGGCCAACCACCGCAUGGUGGCGGUCCGCAAGCUGAAGAGAGGCGGCCGCUGCUGCUCCUUCUCUCCGGACGGCAAAGCGCUGGCGGUGGGGCUGAGCGACGGCGCCGUCCUGGUGGUGAACGGCGACACGCUGGAGGAUCUGCUGAGCUUCCAUCACCGCCGAGACGCCAUCUCUGACGUCCGCUUCAGCCCAGAUCCAGGUAAAUACCUGGCCGUGGCGUCACAUGACAGCUUCGUUGACAUCUACCACGUGUUGAGCACCAAGCGGGUCGGGAUCUGCAAAGGAGCGUCCAGCUACAUCACACACAUCGACUGGGACGCCCGAGGUAAACUGCUGCAGGUAAACACUGGAGCCAAGGAGCAGCUGUUCUUUGAAGCUCCCAGAGGAAGAAGACAAACCAUCCAGAACUCUGAGCUGGAGAGGGUGGACUGGUCCAGUUGGACCUGUGUUCUGGGCUCCACCUGUGACGGAAUAUGGCCGACUCACAGUGACAUCACCGACAUCAACGCAGCGUCGCUCACCAGAGACCGAACGCUGCUCGCCACCGGAGACGACUUCGGCUUCCUGAAGCUGUUCAGCUACCCAGUCAGAGGUCAGUUCGCCCGUUUUAAGCGCUACGUCGGCCACAGCGCUCAGGUGACCAACGUCCGCUGGGCUCAGGAUGACUCCGCCCUGCUGACGGUGGGCGGAGCCGACACCGCCCUGAUGAUCUGGGCCAGGGAGCGAGGAGGCGGAGUCAACAGAGAGCUGGACCCUCCGCCGGGCGUGGACAGCGAGGAAUCAGAGGACGACAUCGAGGAGGACGGAGGUUACGACAGCGACGUCGCCAGAGAGAAGACGGUGGAUUACGUGACGAAGAUGUUUGCGGUGAGCAUCAGAGAGAUGAGAGGAACCAAACCUCACCAGCAGCUGAAGGAGCUUUCUGCUGAGGAGAGGUAGGAAACAUGGCCGCCCUGAUUCACCGCGGUUUGAAUCCUCCAGACGUUACGGCUCUGAUUCAGAGUUCAUGAAAACUGCUGAUGACUUUACUGCCCAGGAGGAGAUGAGUCAGCAGGAAAACGGUUCAUAAAGUGAUGAUCUGGCCAGAUUCCAGACACAAAGUAGAGAAAGUCAUUAAUUACUCAUUUAAACUGUCCAGUAGGGGAACAUUUACCUUCCUAAGGGUCUGAAACAGGCUCCUCCUAGUGUCUGAAGCUGGUACUGC